ACAAGAUUAAGCGAUAACGCAUCAAUAAGCUUAGAUUUUUCAUUUAAUUCGAUUGAGAGUGCGAAUUACGAUCUUGGACUUGGAAGUUAUGAAGAAGGAACGCAGAUAGAUCCGGAACUGUCAUUCGCGGAAACAGAAGAAGAUCCAACAAUACCAGUUUCCGAGCACCAAUUUAAUGAAAGUAUUUGGGAACAAUGGAGGCUCGCUUCUGGAAAACUUGUUACUGAUCUUUUAGCAAAAUCUGCGAAAAAAAAGGACAUCUCCUCAGCAAAACCAGAAUGGUGCACUGUUGACGAGUAUGCGGAAAUACAAAGAUAUAUAAAAAGAGCAACUGUUUCUAAAUGUUCAAAGCUUGUAGAUAAGCUUUUGAAAUUUGAAUCACACGAAAUGUUAGGUGAAACUGUAGAAGAACUUAAGCUUUUAAAUAAUUAUAAUCAUAUUAUCAAGGAUGAAUUUCAAACGCGUGUCUUAGAAGGACUAAAGAUAACCGAUAUAGCGUUUCCCCUCAAUCCUUUCGAAAAUUUUUUCCUUGAAAUCUUAUCAAUAUUUCGCCGGAAUGUUUUUCCUGAUGAUUCAAUAAUUCAGCAGCCAGUUGUACCAGAAUCGGAUUACGGAGGUUAUAUGAUUCAUCCUUUUUUAGAGUGUGCGCUUUUUGGAUUAGAAAAAUUUUUGCAUUAUCAUAUAGGAGAGGUAACAUUGGCUUCGGUUAAAUCAUGUCGCGAAAGAAGAAAAUGCAAUACUUUGUUCGAACAGAAAGCAGAUGGAGUUUUCUUAGCGCGACUGAAAAAAUCAUUCAUUGAAAUUGGUCAUCUUGAGAUGAGCGGUGGAUAUGGUCUUAAGGAUUUCCCUCGGUCCACGUGGGAUGGUUGUUGUAAGCUACCGAUUGGUAAUGCUUAUAUGUUAGAAGAAAUUGGUGAACGAUUUCGCGGCGCGUCAUAUGAGACAUAUUCGAAAUUAAAUAAGCGGAUCGAACUAUGGAGGAUGCAUGUAGCAUCACGCGGCGUACUACAGUAUGAAAGGACACAUAGGGCGACCAUUCCCAUUUGUUUCGAAGAGGAACGAAAAUGUCUUUUUGAUUUCGUAGUUGUCCUAUGGGACCUUAGGUGCUGGUUGUUGGAAGUAACAAAUGUCAUUAAUAAACUGCUCAAAGAACAUAAUGACUCUGGUUUAAAUGCAUCCAAUCUUUCAUCGG